CUCUCCCGGCAUGCUUUUCGCAGCCGGAUCCAAAAAUGGCUGCUGCCCUCUGUCUUCGCUGAAGUGACCGGGGCGGAAGAUGCUGGCGGCGCGGCGGCUGGUUAAGCGAGACGGGUGCUGGGCGCCCUGGGGGCAGCGCCGCAACAGGGGCCUGUACGGGCCGAGGACCCUCAGUCGUCCCUUGCCUCGCACACCCUGGACUCUGAAAGGGCCGCCGCCCGAGGGAGCCCUGCCAUGGUACUUACGGAGACCGCCGCCCGUGCGGGAGCAAGUACCCGAGCUCGACACGGUGACGUACGCGGAGAAGAUGUACCGGGUGCCUUGGCUGGCCAAGCCGACCUUCCCGAAGUGGGAGAGGGGCUGGCACGACCCUUACCACCGCCAGAGCAUUCCCUUAGAAGAGCUGCCGGACUACAAGACCCGGCCUUGCUACGAGUUUCACCGCAGGAGCCGCUUGGAGGAAGGUGUGAAGCAAGCAUUGUGGCUAACCAAAGCAAAGCUAAUCAAAGGCUUACCUCCCCCAAUACUUACCAUCAUGAAUGACAUAACUCCCCUGUUGGAGGACCAGGAUGAGAUAAUUCUAAAUGCAAUUUCUCAUGCUCGUUUUUGGGCUGACACUGAAGAUAUUUCCUUUGAUAAAUACAGUCCUGUGCUUCUGGAAAACCUGCUCCACUUGUGCAGGUCAAUGACUGUCAAGUUCCCCUCAUUGAGUAAAAGAAUGAUGUCCCAAGACUACAGAGCAACGGCUACAUGGGAACGAGAGUCUACUCUCAUUCAGAUUCAUAUUACCGGUGGAAAGCUUCUGAAUGCAGUAAAUUGUCUACAACCUAUAGCAUCCAGUGAUGAGAUAUUAGCCACUGAAGAUUAUGAUUUAGAAACUUUCUAUCCUAUUUCACCUAUAAUUGAUCUUAGGGAAAAGAAUGUAUACAAAAUAAAAAAUGACACUGGUUUCAACAAAGACUACCCAUAUCCUUAUCCUCAUACAUCUUACACUAUUGAACGUGGAAAAAGGGAGAAAUCGGAACAUUUACAAGCCAGAGUUUUGAUGUUUGCUUUUGGGAAUGCACUAGCCAAGGCUAAGGAACUUUAUGGAGAUGAACCCAAAGUCUUGGAGAAGCCAGUAGUUGUUCAGAGUGUUGGUACAAAUGGUCAAGCUUUCCACUUUGUAGUGUUUCAGUUAAACACAACAGAUUUGGACCCUAGCAAUGGUGUUAAAAACCUGGCCUGGCUGGAUGAGAAUCAGCUUUUGUAUGAGGAUGCCAGGAAACGUCCAGAAAUCAAGAAGAAAAUAGUUCUGAUUCCUGCUGGAAUACAUGGCUACAAUCCAGACACAUUCAAAAAAUUCCUGGCACUCUACUUGCAUGGUAUUGUGUGAACAGGUCCCAAGAAGUCUAAACUCAACUUGUUCUUCCUGAAAUACUACAGUAGAUGUACAGUUAACACAAGACUGAAAAGGAUAUGUUAUUUUUAAUAAAAGAUAUUUUUAAAUACA